AUGGCAAUGGAAAGGCUUAACAGCUUCUCUUUCGUGGUGACCAUGUUAUUAGCUUGUCGGGUGACCUUUCUUUCACCGGGACUCGCAUCCAGAGUCCUCUCAACCUCAGAAAGCGAAGCACCUGGUUAUUAUGAUGAGACUGAUUUAGCUCCUAUAGAAGCUUUUCGAGACUUUCCACCAGAGCCAUUGGCUACUGAUCCAAACUCUGAAUUUUUGGAAGUUUGCUCAAAGAGACUAACCCCAGACUGUGGGGAAUCAAUCUUUAAGAAUGUCUUUGCGGAUGAUUCUAUGCCUGUCGAGGAUAAUUGUUGUCUCUUGCUUGUGUCAAUGGGAAGAACUUGCCACAACAAGUUGGUGGAUAAUUCCAUCAAUAAAAUACACGACUACAAAUCCAACGAAACCAUAACACGACUAAGAAGUGUGCAAAUCUGGAAUAAGUGUGCUUUACUUGCAGACAAUGCUGUUCCACAGACUGCAUCCCCCAUAGAAGAUUAA